CGCUCGACUGUGGCAAGCUGCCCACCAAGAACGACCCUAACGCUCUCUGCAUGGAGGCCCCCGAGAACGCCUCAUCCGCCGAGCCCCACAAGGGCCAGGGGAUGCUCCCCGUGGCCCCCCGGCCGUGGCCGCCGGGUGCCACAGAGGGCCGGGGGGCCAAUGACCUGGGGGCCUGCGAGAAGUUCCAGUAUGUGGAGAAGAGCCUCUCUUGUGCGCCCAGGUGUUCUCCUGGGGUGGACGUCUACUGGUCCCGCGAGGACAAGGACUUCGCCUUCAUCUGGAUGGCCGUCUGGUCCACCCUCUGCUUCGUCUCCACUGCCUUCACUGUCCUCACCUUUCUGCUUGACCCCCACCGCUUCCAGUACCCUGAGAGGCCCAUCAUCUUCCUCUCCAUGUGCUACAACGUCUACUCCGUGGCCUUCAUCAUCCGCUCGGUGGCAGGGGCCGAGAACAUUGCCUGCGACCGGGAGAAUGGCGAGCUCUACAUCAUCCAGGAGGGGCUGGAGAGCACGGGCUGCACCAUCGUCUUCCUCAUCCUCUACUACUUUGGCAUGGCCAGCUCACUCUGGUGGGUUGUCCUCACCCUCACCUGGUUCCUGGCUGCUGGGAAGAAGUGGGGACAUGAGGCCAUCGAGGCCCACAGCAGCUACUUCCACAUGGCCGCCUGGGGCAUCCCGGCCAUGAAGACCAUCGUCAUCCUCACCAUGCGGAAGGUGGCGGGGGACGAGCUCACGGGGCUGUGCUACGUGGGGAGCAUGGACGUCAGCGCCCUGACCGGCUUUGUCCUCAUCCCCCUCUCCUGCUACCUGGUCAUUGGCACCUCCUUCAUCCUCACAGGCUUCGUCGCCCUCUUCCACAUCCGGAAGAUCAUGAAGACAGGAGGCACCAACACAGAGAAGCUGGAGAAGCUGAUGGUGAAGAUCGGGGUCUUCUCCAUCCUCUACACUGUCCCGGCCACCUGCGUCAUCGUCUGCUACUUCUACGAGCGGCUGAAUGUGGAUUACUGGAACCUCAGGGCCCUGGAGCGCGGCUGCCUGCACCUCCCCGGCCGGCGCGCGGCCAACUGCUCCUUGGAGGCCUCGGUGCCCACCGUGGCCGUCUUUAUGCUAAAGAUUUUCAUGUCGCUGGUGGUGGGCAUCACCAGUGGAGUCUGGGUGUGGAGCUCCAAGACGCUGCAGACCUGGCAGAGCCUUUGCAACAGAAAGCUGGGUGUGAGGACGAGGGGCAAGCCCUGCAGCGGGGUGAGCUGCGGGGGGGUGCACUGCCACUACAAAGCCCCCACGGUCAUGCUGCACAUGACCAAGACAGACCCGUAUCUGGACAACCCGACGCACGUCUAGAGCUGGGGCUGCCCCCUCCCUGGGGAUGGCACGCCAGGGGAAGCUGGCCUCACGGGUAAGGGGCGAGUGGGACGCUGCUGGGGGCAAAGGCAGAGGGCGAGCGGCGGCGGGAGGGGGCGCACGGUGGUUUGGGGUGGCGAAGCCCGCGGGAUCUCCUCUGGCACUGCUCGACUCUGACAAGUAGCUGCUUUUUCCUAGAGGUUGUUUUGUUGUUGUUGCCGUUGCCAAAUCCAGUGACUCUUCUAACGCUUUCUUUGGGGGGGGCAGUGGGGACGGGGCAGGGAGGGGAAUAAUCCAGUCCGUGUUUAUUUAAUUCUGUAAUUUAUUUUAGAUUUUUUUUUUUUAAUCAUUAGCUGCG